AUAUAAUAACAAAUUUCAACGAAAAGAGAAAACCAAUAAUUUUUCUUUAUUUAGAGACGAUAAAAUUAUUAAUUUUUAAUACAAAAUGGCAAAUAAAAAUAAAGGCAAUAAUAACUCGGAGGCAGCAAAACAAGCCAAACAUAACAAGCAACAAUUUGAUGAUGUCAAAGAUUUUAGUUCUUUCAAAACAGUAUUAUUUUAUUGUUCCCUAAUUGUAUUUUUGCCGGUGGUUACCUUCUUUUGCUUGAAAGCGGCAGUCUUGGAUAGAUUAUUCGUGUUGACUGAAACUAAAAGUAAUAUUUAUUCAGCUGUGGGUGCUGUCUUAUCACUGCAUUUUGCCUUGGCCCUAUAUAUUUACCGGGCCUACUUUGGCAGUUCGACACAAAGACAGAAGGCGGAUUAAGCUCAAAGUUUGAUUUUUAUAAUAUGUAUAAGUGAUUUUUUUACCACAAAAGUAAGCAUUUCCCGUAUCAAUCAAUUCCAUUAUUAUUUUAUGUAUUUUCUUUAUUUGUAGUAACAAUUUAAAACACACAUUUUUUCAUGUUCCUUCCCAAAGAAAAAUGUAAAUAAAAAGAAAAGACAAUUUUUGUUUUUGUAUUUACAAAAGAAAACCAAAA